GAGAAGGAAGAGGCAGGGGGUGGGGGAAGAGGGAGCACCAGGAACAGCGCCUGCGCGGUGGGCGUGAUCCGGGCACUUAGGGCAGGAUGAACGCUGCUUUCCAAGAUGGCGACGGAGGGAGGAGGGAAGGAGAUGAACGAGAUUAAGACCCAAUUCACCACCCGGGAAGGUCUGUACAAGCUGCUGCCGCACUCGGAGUACAGCCGGCCCAACCGGGUGCCCUUCAACUCGCAGGGAUCCAACCCUGUCCGCGUCUCCUUCGUAAACCUCAACGACCAGUCUGGCAACGGCGACCGCCUCUGCUUCAAUGUGGGCCGGGAGCUGUACUUCUAUAUCUACAAGGGGGUCCGCAAGGCUGCUGACUUGAGUAAACCAAUAGAUAAAAGGAUAUACAAAGGAACACAGCCUACUUGUCAUGACUUCAACCACCUAACAGCCACAGCAGAAAGUGUCUCUCUCCUAGUGGGCUUUUCCGCAGGCCAAGUCCAGCUUAUAGACCCAAUCAAAAAAGAAACUAGCAAACUUUUUAAUGAGGAAAACUCUUGUCAGCACUUGUGGAAGGUGGAUUGGAAUGAAGAAAGACAGAAUGAAGGUAGCAAGACCAGUGAGGAGGCUCUAGUAACUGUCCAGAGACUAAUAGACAAGUCACGAGUUACCUGUGUCAGAUGGGUUCCCGGUUCGGAAAGCCUUUUCCUAGUAGCCCACUCGAGUGGGAACAUGUACUUGUAUAAUGUGGAGCACACUUGUGGCACCACAGCCCCCCACUACCAGCUUCUGAAGCAGGGAGAGAGCUUUGCCGUGCACACAUGCAAGAGCAAAUCCACGAGGAACCCUCUCCUUAAGUGGACGGUGGGCGAGGGGGCCCUCAACGAGUUUGCUUUCUCCCCAGAUGGCAAGUUCUUAGCGUGCGUGAGCCAGGACGGGUUUCUGCGGGUGUUCAACUUUGACUCAGUGGAGCUGCACGGUACGAUGAAAAGCUACUUUGGGGGCUUGCUGUGUGUGUGCUGGAGCCCGGAUGGCAAGUACAUCGUGACAGGUGGCGAGGACGACUUGGUGACAGUCUGGUCCUUUGUAGACUGCCGAGUAAUAGCUAGAGGCCACGGGCACAAGUCCUGGGUCAGUGUUGUAGCGUUUGAUCCUUAUACCACUAGCGUAGAAGAAGGUGACCCUAUGGAGUUUAGUGGCAGCGACGAGGACUUCCAAGACCUUCUUCAUUUUGGCAGAGAUCGAGCAAAUAGUACACAGUCCAGGCUCUCCAAACGGAACUCUACAGACAGCCGCCCCGUAAGUGUCACGUAUCGGUUUGGUUCCGUGGGCCAGGACACACAGCUCUGUUUAUGGGACCUUACAGAAGAUAUCCUUUUCCCUCACCAACCCCUCUCAAGAGCAAGGACACACACAAAUGUCAUGAAUGCCACGAGUCCUCCUGCUGGAAGCAAUGGGAACAGUGUUACAACGCCCGGGAACUCUGUGCCCCCUCCUCUGCCACGGUCCAACAGCCUUCCACAUUCAGCAGUCUCAAAUGCUGGCAGCAAAAGCAGUGUCAUGGACGGGGCCAUUGCUUCUGGGGUUAGCAAAUUUGCAACACUUUCACUACAUGACCGGAAGGAGAGGCACCACGAGAAAGAUCACAAGCGAAAUCAUAGCAUGGGACACAUUUCUAGCAAGAGCAGUGACAAACUGAAUCUAGUUACCAAAAACAAAACGGACCCUGCUAAAACUUUGGGAACGCCCCUGUGUCCUCGAAUGGAAGAUGUUCCCUUGUUAGAGCCGCUGAUAUGUAAAAAGAUAGCACAUGAAAGACUGACUGUACUAAUAUUUCUUGAAGACUGUAUAGUCACUGCUUGUCAGGAGGGAUUUAUUUGCACAUGGGGAAGGCCUGGUAAAGUGGUAAGUUUUAAUCCUUAAUGUUGCACCAGAUCUAGAACUUGAAUAGGUAGUGACUUUUUUUUUUUCGUGGGAGGGGUGGGGUGUACAAUGAAUGUGAAUGACACUUCUUAUUCUUAAUGUAAAUCUCAAUGCAUCAGAGCCAUAAUUUUGGAUACUGCAUGCCAUGUAAUUCUGAAUCAUUUGAUAAUUUACCUUAGAGCAUUUAAAAAAAUAUAAUCAAACUAAUUGCCAGCCAAGUCAGUCAUCCUCCUGGGAGUAUAUAGAGUCCCAAGGUUAGCGCUCCUGUAUUAGGCUAUUUGAAUUUUAGGAAAAUCAUGACCGUGUGGGGAAACAAUGACUUUAAAAUGCUGAAAUUAAAAUUUAUGCUUUAGCUGGAAUAUUUUUUGCUUAACUACUCAAUUAGAAUAUUGUACACCUGAUCAAUGUGUGUUCAGCACAGAUGGCCAUGAAUUGUCAUUUAUAGUCCAAUUUUUUAUCUUAAUCAUAAAAUGUUUAGGAAUCUAUGAAAUUUAACUUUAGGAACAAAACGUUUAGCAGGGUUGAUUGAUAUUAUUUUUACAUUGUUCUGGCAAUCCACAGAAAGAGAAGAGCCUUAAUUUUUAAAACCCAUUUUAGUCAUUUUAUGACAAUUAAAGUUGUUUAAUAAACAUCUUUUUUCAAAGAAGCAGUUUGUAGCACUUUGAUUGAGGUUCUGUGUACUAAGAUACCCACCUCACUCAGAGCCUGACAGUUCGUGGGAACUGCGGGCCGAGGACGCCAACAGCAUUGCAGAAGUGCCUCUUGCCACAUAAGCGAAGACCUUUUCUGUCAGAUGCACUUUGCUUGUGUGUUUUCCCAACAAAGGAAAAGGAGUUUUUUUGUUUUUUGCUGGGGGGGAGGUGCGGUGGGGGAGGGGGAUUGGGUCAGAAAGGCACGUGACUCUUCCGCUUUGUUUAAAGCCUGAGACUCCCCGAGCCUUCCUUCCGACUUCUCCCUUACAUGGCCCUCAUUUGGGCUUCGUCCUCCACCAGAGGAAGCGGAAGUACAGGUUUCCCCUCUCCUUGUUCUUGGAUGGCAGCUGUGGUUCCAGGAUUACUCUCGGGACGCUGACGCUGGCCAUGUGCGUAGGCUUCGUCCUCAUGGCUCCCACCCCAGCGCCUCAGCCCGGGGCCUGGUGGCCUGUGGCUUCCUCGGCAGUGGGAGGCUCUGCUGCUCCCCCGGAGACUGCAGUCUUUCACCCUCACUCUACUGCUGCACCAGGAGCUGCUUUUCAAAUUCUGGUUUUCACAGUGGGUGAGAUGGCCCCUUGAGCUAUAUAUUCCAUGUCAAGAUGGUGGUUAUCUUAGUUGUUAACUCAUUUUGGACAUUUAGGUUUUUCUGUUUUGCACACCUUUGUAAUUAAAAAUAGAGACAACGAUCACUUACACCAGUUUGCGUAGUGAAUAUGAUUCAGCAAAGCGAAGACCUGGUGGCUUUUCUUUCUCUAGUGUAAAGACCCUGGUAGCUGACGCAGCAGCUCCCUGUGCUCUUAACGCAGCCCUCCCACGAAAGCCGGGCCAGGCUCCCAGGCCUGCUUCCCAUCUGCAAACAUGUCAUGGUGGCGCCAUCCACCCUGUGCCCGUCGUGGGCCUUAAUGCAGUGGUUUCUGUUCAGUGUGAUGGCAUGGCCGCAUGCUGCCACCUGGGAACCACAGCAGCCUUUAGGUGCAUCUCACCUGGCUGUGCCUUUCACAUCCCUGAGCACUACUCCUAGGAAUAUUCGUGUCCUCUCUACCUGUGGAAUACAGGCCUUUGUUCCUAGAGGUGAACUGAUCUAAGGCAGCCAUGACAGCCAUCCUUGUGGACAGUUUCCGCUUUGGAGGCCAAAUUGGGUCAUGUGGAAAGAUUAGUGAUGAACGCUCCAUGUGCAGUUUUGGCACAUACAUAGUUGUAAACAUUCAGUUUCAAAUGCUUCCGAGGCAUUGAGUAUGCAGUUUCAAAAUUCAGGAGUUAGUAUUUGGCCUAAAUAGAGAGUGGCCGAUCCCAGGUAAGUAGCAUUUAUGGUGACAUUUCUGGCGACCUUGCAGUUCUGAAGGCGUUGCCCCAGACAGGGAAGCCGUGGGGGUGUGCCCAAGUAACCAACGUGACCGACUGGGGACUCUGAUUUCUCCCCCUUCUUUACAAUUCUCAGUCGCAGUGGCUGGGAUGAAAGAGGGAUUGCAGGGGCACACUGACAGGUGACUUAGGAGUCAUUUGCUGAUAGGAACCAGGGGUGGGAGAGGCCAAGAGGAGGAGGUUAUGUUUCCUUUAAAAACAAUCUGAAAUGUGCUGUCUAGUAUGGAGGCCUGUGUGUGUCUUUCUCCCCGCCACCUCCAGUUUUAAACACUAUGAUAUUGUCAGUUUUGGAUUUGGGGCUUGAUUACAAUCUUUUUCUUCCAGUUUUUGCCAAGGAGUGUACUGUCCUUAAUGUCUGUCUGGUACCUUGUCUGGGGCCCCUUCAUUGUGUCUCCAUGCCCUCCCCAAGGCCCCUCUUGCUGGGUUCAGGGCCCAGUGGAGAGCACUGUGCCAGCCUGGGGAGGGGCUGCCUUUGACUGCAUGUCGACCCCUGGCUCAGCCCAGGCCCUGCAGGGCGACACCACUCUGUGUCCACUCUGCCCCUCUGACUGCUGCCCCUUUCUUUGACAGCCGGCAGAGCACUUCUGCAGGCAGGAGGACAGGAUGCAAGGUGUUCUCCAAGACCAGAACUAACGGUGCCCAACAGCUUGAGAGGAGGGCACUGGAGAGAGGGGCAGGGAAGCGCCCUUGUCCUCGGCUGUGCUUGAGUAAUGGCUCCCACAGACCUGGGGAGGGCCCAGGGAAGGGUGGCCGCGGUGGUUCCUGAUAUCAGGUGUGUAAGGUACAAUGCGUGCUGCUAACCCUAAGAGAAAUUUGGGGAAAAUAUUUGUAGUUUUCUCACUAAACUUUGAGCUUCCUCAUUGAAAUUUUCCAGUUUUUCAGCCUAAACAUUAUUAUGAGCAAGAAUAUCUUUUCUAACCUAAUCUCUGGAAUAAAACACAGCAUUUGGCAACAAGAGGCUCGUAACUACUCAGUCAGCAUGUCUUCCAGCGUGUACCAAACCACAGAGAUGAAAAGCUCAGACGAAAGUGGGGUGCACGCUGCGUGGCUGGAGAAUCCUGCUCCUGCCCGGCAAGGGGGCGAGCUGGGCCCUGGGCAGUGUCAGACGCCUUCUGAAGGGGUCAGGCCAGGGCCAGGGGAGCUUCUACUCGCCCUACUUGGGUUGGCCUUUCUCACCAGGAUUCAAGAAGCCAGAUUUGUGCUGUUACUGCGAUGGGGCAGGCUUCUAAACACUACCGGCGGCCCUGGAGCCUUUCUCUGAGGCUUUUUUCUUAUUCAGAAGGGGAAUUAAAAAUUCCCCCAGAGGCCUGGAGAAGGGAGUCUUUGGAAAAGCUUGCCUUCUUUUAAAAGCAAAUGCAUGCGCAGGAGCAGACACUUAACAAACAACUAGUAACCUUGGGGUCGAAAUUUGCUUAAAUCAUGGUAAAGAAUCUCAUUUCUCUUUUGUGCUGAUUGAACCUUCUCGCAGUCUGGAAGUGUUCUCCUGUGAACCCUUAGCUGGGGACUGAGGGUAAAUGCCUUAAAAAUGGAGGCGUGGAAAAUCAGAAAGGAGCCUUCACAAUCAUUCUUGUCUCAGGCAUUCAGGAAUUCUGAGGAAGAAAUGCAGUGACAGGACGGGAUUUUAUGGGCAAGGACACCGUCCGGGCGGGGCCCAGGGUUCUCCACUGGCUGACUUCACCCCCAGGGCCCAGCUGGCACAUGGCCAGGCAGCCAUUUCUCCCCAGUUCCUCCACUUCCUGGGGUUCAUUUUAAAUAUUAAAUAAAUUGUAAAGUAUGAAAUGAGUGCUGAAGUUGCCUCUGCACAAGGUCCUCAUCACCUCUCACCUGCGAGGGAGACGUUUCCUUUUUUUGUUGAGCGAGCUCAAAGUGUGAGGCGGAGAAAGCCUAGGGGUUGGGGGCGGCUGGAGAAGGGAUCCACGGAAACCCAAGCGCCACAUCAUGCGUGUCUGACUGCCCACGGAAGAACUAGAAGCAGUUCACCAGUGGAUUUGCUGGGGAAAGAUUCAUGGAACACAGCAUCUGGCGUCCAGCUUUGUGGGUGAGGGCACGGCAGGGGAUCUGGCGGCCCUGCCCUGCCUCCAGCGCCAGUGGGUGGGGGAGGGAUUGGCCUCUGACUGUGGGGCUGCACCAUGGUGGCAGUCGGUGUGCCCUUGGCUGAGGUUUCGUUCCUUAGCAAUGAGAACCUCCACGUGUGUGGGUAGGGGUCGGGUGACCUGGAGACGCCGCCUCCCGUCUGGUCUGGGUGACAGAGGUGAAGGUUUAUCGUCUACCACCCUGGCAGCCUGCAGGGCCCCCCCUUGUCUGGAGCACGCCCUUUGCUAUGGGCUGAUUGGGACUGUCAUGUGUUGCUUUAAGUUAACAAGGUGCACAUCACAGUGACCCCAAGUGACGUCCCAAAGGGAGGAGACAUUAGUGUGGCCGAAGUGAAGUCUGUGGCUUUAUAUUUAAAAGCACUCAUAUUCAACUGUUACCUUUGAAACUCAGAUCCUAGUUACAAACUAUAAGAACGUGCCCCUCCAGUAGAGGGAAACUGUCUCACUGAUGUUGAUGUUUUUAUUUGUUUCCGCAUCUGUUACACGAAUUUUGUGUCAUAAAUUGCUAUCCCUUCAUUUGAAAGUGUAAAAGAAAAAUUUCCUGCAUUUUUAUCAUUUCUGUAUACUUCAGUUUAUUAAAGAUUGUUAUAUUAGGCGACACUGUAUAAAAUUGUAUGGAUAUUUUGAGUGAAAAUCAAAAGUAAAAUUCACAUGUAUUUCCUUUUUUAUAUUUUCAUCCAAUUUCUUGACAACUUGAAUAAAUUUCAUAAAGAGCCUUCCUAAUAUGAAAUAUUGGUAAAUUAAAUUCUUAACUGUUGCAAUAAUUAAUGAAGCUUUAAUAUCAGUAUUGUUGUUUUAUAAUUUUAAGGAAAUCAUGUUUCUGUUUCACUGCUUUUUUUUUUUAGCUGUUCCCUUGUCACUGUGACAGCUAACAAGACUUACUACAUACUUGAUAUUCUGAAGUACUGUGGGGCUGUCCUCUGUAUACUGACAUUAAAUAAACGUGUGUGAGUGAA